AUGUCCAUGGAGCUUCCACCGUCCUUCAAGGGGCAUGUGGUGGCCCUGCCUUUCCCCACCAGAGGGCACGUCAAUCCCUUAAUCAAUCUCUGCAAAUUUCUCGCUUCGAGACGGCCCUGCGAUGUUAUCAUUACCUUUGUCGUCACCCAAGAGUGGCUCGGCUUCAUCCAAUCCUAUCCUAAGCCCCACACUAUCCGCUUCGCCACCAUCCCCAACGUCAUCCCCUUGGACUCCCAAAUCCUCGACGAUGUUCCUUCUUUCACGGAAGCCGUCGCCACCAAGAUGAGACCUGCGCUCGAGCAGCUUCUCGAUCAGCUUCAUCCGAAGGUUACUGCGAUCGUCUCUGAUGCUGAGCUGGCCACAAACCUUAGGAAUAUUCCGGUGGCUCUGUUGUGGACCAUGUUGGCGUCGUUCUUUGAAACUUUCCGAUUGGGCAAAACUGAUUGUCUCCUCCUCAAUACCAUCCAAGAGCUAGAGGCCGAACGAAUAAAUUAUCUAAAAGCUAUACUCCCCUUUCGUCUCUAUCCCAUAGGCCCUGCCAUACCUUUUAUGGAGCUCGAUUCAUCCGCCAGUAACGUUGACCAUAUAACAACAUGGCUAGAUUGUCAGCCAAAUUUGUCAGUACUGUACAUUUCUAAGGGUAGUUCGUUUUCCAUGUCUCGUCCCCAGAUGGAAGAGCUUGCUUCAGCUCUGAAAACCUGUGAGAUUCGUUUUCUGUGGGUGGGUCGUUCAGAUGCAGAGUGGCUGAAAGAGAAAUGUGGAGAUAAUGGUCUGGUGGUGCCAUGGUGUGACCAGUUAAAGGUGUUGUGCCAUGCUUCCAUUGCCGGAUUUUGGAGCCAUUGUGGGUGGAAUUCCAUUCUGGAAGCAUGCUUCGCAGGCGUGCCAAUACUGGGAUUCCCUGUGUUUUUGGAUCAGUUCUCGAACUGCAGGCAUAUUGCAGAAGUGUGGAAGAAUGGGAGGAAGGUGGGUGGUGAUAGAUCAGAGGAUUUGGUAACUGAAGAAGAAAUAUUGGAAGUGGCUAAGAUGGUGGCGGAUGUGGAGAACGAUGAAUGGAAGAAGAUUAAAGAGAAAGCAAAAGAUCUGAAGGCGUUAUUUCGCGGAGCGAUUGCCAGAGGAGGUUCGUCUGACAUGAAUAUGAAUGCCUUUGUGGAGACAUCGUCGAGGGAUAAAGAUGUGUAUUUUGACGUUCAUGUCAACCAGUCUUGA